GGCCGGGGGUGGGUCCUUAGAAACCUCCAUCCCUGCCUCCACAGAGGCAUAAAGCAGCCCGCCCAGGCAGGCGACAGUCAUUCGUUCAACCUACAGACCAAGGGAGACCUGAGCCCUCUCCCCACGCCCAGCGGACGGACGGACCCAGCAUCUCUCCCGAGGCAAUGACCAUGUUUGAAAACGUCACGCGGGCCCUGGCCAGACAGCUGAACCCUCACGGGGACCUGACAGCCCUUGACAGCCUCAUCGACUUCAAGCGCUUCCACCCCUUCUGCCUGGUGCUGAGGAAGAGAAAGAGCACGCUCUUCUGGGGCGCCCGAUACGUCCGCACGGACUACACCCUCCUGGACCUGCUGGAGCCUGGCAGCGCCCCCUCGGAUCCAACAGACUCUGGGAACUUUGGCUUUAAGAAUAUGCUAGACGCUCGAGUGGAGGGAGAGGUGGAUGUGCCAAAGACGGUGAAGGUGACGGGGACCGCAGGGCUGUCCCGGAACAGCACUCUGGAGGUCCAGACGCUCAGUGUGGCUCCCAAGGCCCUGGAGACCUUGCAUGAGGAGAGGAAGCUGGCAGCAGAUCACCCGUUCCUGAAGGAGAUGCGUGAGCGGGGGGAGAACCUGUACGUGGUGAUGGAGGUGGUGGAGACUGUGCAGGAGGUCACUCUGGAGAGAGCCGGCAAGGCAGAGGGCUGCUUCUCCCUCCCCUUCUUCGCCCCACUGGGGCUCCAGGGAUCUGUAAACCACAAGGAGGCUGUAACCAUCCCCAAGGGCUGUGUCCUGGCCUUCCGAGUGAGACAGCUGAUGGUCAACGGCAAAGAUGAGUGGGACAUCCCGCACAUCUGCAGCGACACCAUGCAGACCUUCCCUCCCGGAGAAAAACCAGAAGAGAAGUUCACACUCAUCCAGGCAUCUGAUGUUGGGGAGGCACACGAGGACUUCAGGACCCUGAAAGAAGAGGUUCAAAGAGAGACCCACGAAGUGGAGAAGCUGAGCCGAAGAGGGCAAAGCUCCCUGCUCAGCUCCCUCAGCAAACUUCUAGGGAAGAAAAAGGAGCUGCAAGACCUUGAGCUCACGCUUGAAGGGGCUCUAGACAAGGGACAUGAAGUGACCCUAGAGGCACUCCCAAAAGAUGUCCUACUCUCAAAGGAGGCUAUGGGUGCUGUCCUGUAUUUCCUUGGAGCCCUAACAGUGCUAAGCGAAGCCCAACAGAAACUGCUAGUAAAGUCCAUGGAGAGAAAGAUCCUACCCGUGCAGCUAAAGCUGGUGGAGAGCGCAAUGGAACAGAACUUCCUGCAGGAUAAAGAGGGUGUUUUCCCCCUGCGACCCGAGUUGCUUUCCUCCCUUGGGGAAGAGGAACUGACCCUCACCGAGGCCCUUGUGGGGCUGAGCGGCCUAGAAGUGCAGAGGUCGGGCCCCCAAUACAUGUGGGAUCCAGACACCCUCCCCCACCUCUGUGCCCUGUACGCUGGCCUCUCCCUCCUUCAGCUGCUGACCAAGGCCUCCUAACUUGCCUGCCUUCUGUUUCCGGCUUCCCUAAUGCCUUCCCAACCUCAGUAUGCUGCGCCACCAGGCUGAAGAUCACUAAAAUAGCUUCCGGUCACCCACAAUUAGCAACUUCUACAUUGUGCCCUGCAGCGCCACACCUACUAAGCCCAUCCUUUGAUGCUGAAAUCCUGUAGACGUGGAAGCACUUAGACUUUUUAAACUGUGAGUCAUUUCAACAAAAGCAUCCCAUAUCAGAGUGCCGAUUCAAGUCCCAGCUACUCUGCUUCCAAUCCAGCUCCCUGCUAAGAUGCCUGGAAAAGCAGCAGAAAAUUGCUCAAGUACUAGGGCCCCUACCAACCAGAAUGGAGUUCCUGGUCCAACCCUGGCUAUUCUGGCCAUUUGGGAAGUGAACCAGCAGAUGGAAGCUCUCCCUCUCUCUGUCUUUCCACCUCUUUGUCUUUCCUUCUCUGUCACUCUGCCUUCCAAAUUUAAAAAAAGAAAGAAAGAAAGAAAAAGAAAAGAUAACCUCCUGUCCUAAUUCUCACUUGUUCUUCCUCCCAAAAAAGCUUUACUGGAAUUAAUGGAAAAUAUUAUGUCAAUCUUAGUAUGAAACGUA